UAAAUAGAACUUGCUGCUAGCAGCCAACACCUAGUGUAAUCGUGGCUGUGUAUUGAGCAAGUACGCUAGCUAACGUUUAUAGUUUAUUUACAAACUAUAAUAAAAAAAGUUUUUGUGGUUAAAAAACCCACUCGUUCAGUCUACACUAAACAAAGAAAAAGCACAUACGCAAAAUGGCGCGUGUGUGGCCUGUUUUAGGUUUAUUUGUAUUGUGCUGUGCUUUGGCCGCCAGUCAAGAAACAAAUGAUAAAUUAGAAGGUAUCGAUGUAGAAGAAGUCUGUACCGAUAGACCCGGUGAUGAAUACUUCCGUUUGGAUACCGAAGGCGAUUGUCGCGAAGUCUACAGAUGUGAUAAAGGUGAAACGGGUAAAACUCGUUUAGCAUCAAUUAAAUGCUCUGGCGGUUUGGCAUUUGAUAUUAUGAAACAAACCUGUGAUUGGAAAACAAAUGUUAAAACUUGUAAUGAAAUUGAGAAGCCACGCAAAGUUAAGCCCAUCUUGAAAACCGAUGAACCUAUUUGCCCCGAGGGUAAAUUGUCUUGCGGUGAUGGUGAAUGUCUUGAUAAAGAACUUUUCUGUAACGGUAAACCCGACUGCAAGGAUGAAUCCGAUGAAAAUGCUUGCUCCGUCGACGAAGAUCCCAACCGUGCCCCUGAAUGUGAUCCCACCCAAUGUGCUUUGCCCGAUUGUUUCUGUUCCGCUGAUGGUACCCGUAUCCCCGGUGGCAUUGAACCCCAACAAGUACCUCAAAUGAUUACCAUCACCUUCAACGGUGCCGUCAAUGUUGACAACAUCGAUUUGUACGAAGAUAUCUUCAACGGCCAACGUCAAAAUCCUAACGGCUGCUCCAUCAAGGGUACCUUCUUCGUUUCCCACAAAUACACCAACUACUCCGCUGUUCAAGAUUUGCACCGUCGCGGUCAUGAAGUGUCUGUGUUCUCUUUGACCCACAAGGAUGAUCCCAACUACUGGACCAGUGGUACCUAUGAUGAUUGGUUAGCUGAAAUGGCUGGUGCCCGUUUGAUCAUUGAACGUUUCGCCAACAUUACUGAUGGUUCCAUUAUUGGUAUGCGUGCUCCUUACUUGCGUGUCGGUGGCAACAAACAAUUCGAAAUGAUGGCUGAUCAAUUCUUUGUCUAUGAUGCUUCCAUCACUGCUUCUUUGGGACGUGUUCCAAUCUGGCCCUACACCUUGUACUUCCGCAUGCCCCACAAGUGUAACGGUAAUGCCCAUAACUGCCCAUCACGUAGCCACCCUGUCUGGGAAAUGGUCAUGAAUGAAUUGGAUCGUCGUGAUGACCCCACUUUCGAUGAAUCUUUGCCCGGUUGUCAUAUGGUAGACUCUUGCUCCAACAUUGCCUCUGGUGAACAAUUCGGUAGACUUUUGCGUCACAACUUCAACCGUCACUACAAUAGCAACCGUGCUCCUUUGGGUCUCCACUUCCACGCCUCCUGGUUGAAAUCUAAGAAGGAAUACCGCGAUGAAUUGAUCAAAUUCAUUGAAGAAAUGUUGGGCCGCAACGAUGUCUUCUUCGUCACCAACUUGCAAGUCAUCCAAUGGAUGCAAAACCCCACAGAAUUGAACGCUCUACGUGACUUCCAGGAAUGGAAGGAGAAGUGUGAUGUCAAGGGUCAACCCUACUGCUCUUUGCCCAAUGCCUGCCCCUUGACCACCCGCGAAUUGCCCGGUGAGACUUUGCGUCUCUUCACCUGUAUGGAGUGCCCCAACAAUUACCCCUGGAUCUUGGAUCCCACUGGUGAUGGUUUCUCAGUUUAAGUUGCCACUCGCUAGCUAGGCCAGGGAAGUAAUUUAUAUAAUGUUUAAGUUUUUGUUAGGAUUCUUAAAGAAAAAGAACAUAAUUUUUUAUAUAAAAAUCUAAAACACAGAGAAUUACGUUAUUAAAGUAGUUCCAACUAGAGUCUGAUUUAAAAAAAAAAAAAAACAAAAAAUCGAAAUAAUAAUUCACAAAUUAUAAUGCUUUAUAAAAUUAUACUAAAUCCUAGAAACUCUA